UGGGCCGAUUUCAAAAGCCCAAUACGGGUUUCCUGAUUUACCAAUCUGUCGAGAAGACGAUCUUGGCUCACCAUUGAACAUAAGACACGUGGCAUAUUUGAACUGGUAACCAACAAAGUCAUCCAACAAAAUAUGUGUGGCUCGUUGCACUCCACUACACUUAGAGCAACCUUUUGCUUUCAGAUUUUCCUCGAGCCAUGGAAGCGAAUUCCAUCAAACUCCAUGGAACUCCCUCCAUCGUCACCGCCUCUAGUACAUCACGACGUCACAGAUCAUCUAUUCUCUCGCUUCAUUACCGGAACACACGCUUUUCUCCGUUCUCGCUCACUGUCACAAGAUGUUCCACCACCAAAAGCAACGAAACAGGUCAAGAUUCGAGGUUAGAGCCAUCUUCGAAGAAAGGACUGGUUCUUGACCUAGGUACUGAUUCGUGGGACAGCGAGGAGAUUGGAUCUCCGGUUGUGAAGAGAUUUCUAAGCGACAACGAAGAGAGAUGGUACAUGUGGUACCAUGGAACCUCUUCCUCUAAGCAGAACCAUGUUUCAGAUUCUGUCGGAUUAGCUGUUUCAAACAAUGGGAUUCACUGGGAGAGAGGGAAAGGGAGAGUUGAGUCAACAGACGAUGUGGGUUUGGUUAUGGGCUCAUGUGAAGACUGGUGGGCUUUUGAUAAGGCCAAUGUUCGGCCCGGUGAAGUUGUGAUAAUGUCGAGUUCUAAAGUCAGAGCUGAUAGCUCUGUUUACUGGAUGUAUUACACAGGUUACACUACUGAGACUGUUGAGUUUCAGUCCCAUUUGGGUAAUCCAGAAAGGUUUCACCUUUGUAAUGAGAAAGGUAGCGUUUUUAGGUCACUCCCCGGGUUAGCGAUUAGUCAAGACGGUAGGCAUUGGGCUAGAAUCGAAGGUGAGCAUCAUAGUGGUGCGUUGUUCGAUGUUGGGUCUGAAAAAGAUUGGGACUUUCUAUAUAUAGCAUCACCACAUGUAGUGUUCCAUGAGAGUGGGGAUCUAAGGAUGUAUUACCAUUCUUUCGACGCGAAAACCGGUGAGUUUUGCAUUGGGAUGGCGAGAUCUAGGGAAGGGAUCAAGUGGGUGAAGUUUGGUAAGAUCUUAGGAGGAAGAAAAUCUGAAAAAGAUGGAUUAGGUUACUUCGACGAGAUGGGAGUAAGAUAUCCUUGCGUGACAAGGAACAAGAGAGAUGGGAGUUAUGUGAUGGCUUAUGAAGGUGUAGAUAGAAACGGGAAGGUGAGCAUUGGCUUGGCGGUUUCAGAAGAUGGGAUUAAGGAUUGGAAACGGGUCCAGGACGAGGAAGCGGUGCUUGUGGUUGGUGAAGGUGGUGCGUGGGAUGAGGAAGGAGUUGGGUGUCCUUAUUUGGUUGAGAUGGAUGGAGACUCUGAUCAUCAGUGGAGGUUGUAUUAUAGAGGUGUUGGUAAUGGUGGAAGAACAGGGAUUGGUCUAGCUGUUUCUGAGGGAAGUGAGGUCAUUAAGUUUACAAAACAGACAGGGAUUUCCUUGUGAGACAUGUUUUUUUGUUUCCCUUUGAAUUGGUAAUGAAACAAUAUGAUUAAAUCAUUUGUCCUAAACUAAAAAGAUG